ACCCCAUGAUCUUAUGGUAAAAAGCCACAAAACAAACUUCACUAUCAGACACGGGCUCAUCUCUGCUCGAGCUCUGACAAAGUGGGAGAACUGUUAGAGACAACAAAAAAUAAAAAUCUGAGCAAAGUGCAAAAACAGCUGCGCAGCUUUGCGGCUGUUUUACGAGCCCGGUGUGUGUCAACAUGUCUCUGCGCUACCACAACAAGGUGGUGAUAGUCACUGGAGGAUCCAAAGGCAUUGGCAGAGGGAUUGUCAAAGUGUUUGUGGAGAAUGGAGCCAAAGUGGUGUUCUGUGCAAGAGGAGGUGCUGCAGGCGAGGCUCUGGAAGCAGAGCUGAACAAAGCAGGACCGGGCUCAUGCAAAUUCGUCACAUGUGAUAUGUCCAAAGAGGACGACAUCAAGAGACUGAUCGCCGUCACGGUGGAGCAUUACGGGCACGUUGACUGCCUGGUGAACAACGCAGGGUGGCACCCGCCUCACAAACCCACCGACGACACGACAGCCGAGGAGUUCAGGGAUCUGCUCAACCUGAACCUCGUCAGCUACUUCUUGGCCUCUAAAUAUGCGUUGCCGUACAUUCGACAGCGUCAGGGAAACAUCAUUAAUGUUUCCAGUCUGGUGGCAACCAUCGGCCAGAAAGAUGCUGCGCCGUAUGUGGCCACCAAGGGGGGGAUCAUCUCCAUGACUAAGGCGAUGGCUGUGGAUGAGAGUCGCUACAAUGUUCGAGUCAACUGCAUCUCUCCUGGUAACGUGAUGACACCUCUGUGGGAAGAGUUGGCAGGACAGACUCCAGACGCUGCAGCCGCCAUAAAACUGGGAGAAAAUUGUCAGCUGCUGGGUCGUAUGGGGACGGAGGCCGAGUCUGGACUGGCCGCCUUGUAUCUCGCUGCUGAUGCUACUUUCUGCACCGGGAUUGACCUGCUGCUCAGCGGGGGAGCUGAACUCAACUAUGGCUUCAAGAGUCAGAUCCCAUCCUGACCUGUGUCCUGCUGUCCUGACGCUUGUGGAGCAAAACAGAUAAAUUAAAAUGUCCUGCUGAUUACAUACUCACAUGUUUAUUCACACUUUACAUAAAAUAAACUUUUGAUUCACUUCAUUGAGCCAGA